GCCGAUGCACGACUUGAUAUUCGCUGCUGUGGAGAUUCGGGCAGAUGAAAUCCUGAAUGCGUCUCUGUCACGCCCCACCAACAUCGGGAAACAUAGGCUAACGUCUGCGAAAACUGGAAAACACAAACACCUGAAAUAUGUUUAACUACAAUUAUGUUACGUCGCAGCAACUUGCUGGUUUCGACAAAUACAAGUACAAUGCAGUGGAUACCAAUCCGCUAUCGGUAUAUGUUAUGCAGCAUCUGUGGAACAGGAUUGUGAAGGUAGUGCCCCUGUGGAUUGCUCCAAAUUUAUUAACAUUUACUGGUUUUUUACUGAUUUUAAAGAACUACCUUCUGCUGUCAUUUUAUGACUGGAAUUACACUGCAUCAGAUCCUGAUUCGCAGCAUGUUCCGGGUUGGGUGUGGAGUGUGUCUGGCUUGACUACAUUCUCAGCAUAUGCUUUGGACUCUAUAGACGGUAAACAAGCUCGCCGCACCAUGUCCAGCAGCCCCCUGGGAGAGCUCUUUGACCAUGGCCUGGACAGCUGGGCUAGCUCCCUCUUCAGCCUCUCCCUCUUCUCUGUGUUUGGCGUCAGAGCAGAGAGCGGUGUCUCGGCCUACACGCUGUACUACGUUUUGUGCGUCAUCCUGCUCACCUUCAUCAUCUCUCACUGGGAGAAAUAUAACACUGGAGUUCUCUUCCUCCCCUGGGGAUACGACAUAAGCCAAGUGACGCUAACAGUUGUGUAUCUGGUGACGGCAGUAAUUGGGGUAGAAGCCUGGCACAAGCCUUUUCUCUUCGGAUAUUUCUUUACGGAUAUAUUAAUAGCUAUGGCCAUAGGCUGCAGUGCCGUUCUCUCUGUGCCACAGACACUGUACAACAUCCAUCUGGCUCACAGGAGAGAGGCACUCCUCAGGACCUCACUGUAUGAAGGGCUGCUGCCCCUCUUAUCUCCCGGUCUGCUCUUCACCCUCCUCACCACGUGGGUCCUGACCUCACCCAGCGAGAUACUUGUCCACAAUCCCAGAAUAUUCCUCUGGAUGACUGGAGUGGCUUUCUCCAACGUCACAUGCAGACUCAUCAUUUGCCAAAUGACCAACACAAGGACUGAGGCGUUCCACUGGCUUCUGCUUCCAUUGGCUGGAAUCAGCGGCGGAGUCGCUACAGGGAUUCUGGUGCAGAGCGAGUUCCUCUGCCUCGUGGCCUACAGUAUCCUAGUCACUGUGGCCCAUGUUCACUACGGGGUCUGUGUGGGGAAACAGCUGAGUAAACACUUGAACAUUUACAUCUUCUCUUUGGGUAAACGGCAUCAGGAAUAAUUUCGCCCUCUUACCUAGAGCAGCCACGAGGACUUCAAUCAAACUCUACUGUUACAAACCGGAACAAAUUAAAGCUACCAUACGACAAAGACGAAAGGGAUAUGGGACUAGGCUAGUCUGAAAUGUUGUGUCUGAGGAAGGUGUUGCAACGUCUCAGGUAAGCAAUUGAGGACAAAAGUUACUUUUAAACUUUUAAGGGGGCAUCUGCAAUUAUUACUCCUGAAAAUAAGAACACUGGUAAUAGUACAUUGACAUUGCAAAAUACAAAUAUUGCUAAUCUAAUACGGAGAAAAAAAUGAAAAAUUAUUCAUUUGGGCUACAGAGAAAACACUUAAUUGACUUUCCUCAUUGAUAGAAUGGCAAUAGUUACAUUUCCAUUAGUGUGAAUUUAUGCAAAUUUAUGAAAGGGGGGUGUUGAUGUCAAGUUUGCAGUCAUGAAAAUGAAAGUUAGUGAAGUGAUAGUUUUUACAUUUUUAUAAAGUUGACUAACUGGACAGUUUGGGAAAAUAUGAAAUGACCUCACAUAUUGUAAUGAAAUGAUAUAUGAAUGAAUGGGUGACUGCAACAUGCAGCUUGAACGAACCAUGUUGUACCAUUUUCCAACAAAAACAACUUUUGUGCACAAGCAUUUGUGCUCAGAAUGAAUUUGCCACUAUGUUCUCAUGGAAAUGUAGCUACUGAAAACAAUGCUAAAUUGAUUUUUUUGAAAAGCUUAAUUUCAGUUGAUAGCAGUUCUUUGAGUGCUUACUGUACUCCUAAUGGAAUAUCACAUCGUACUCAGGAACUUCAACAGAUUUAGAAUCUAUUGCCCUCUUCUAUGUCAACAACCACUGUGGCAUUUUUGAAAUUGGUAAACCCAUUAACUACUGCUUACAUCUAAUGGCAAAGAGAACAUAGCUGCUUGUAUUGCAUUAACUCAGCUUGCGCUGUCCAGCUUCAAAAGCUCUAGAAGUACAAAGCUUGAGAAACUCUAAUUGCACUGCGUCUUCCAUGUCUGAGAGAUAUGAUAUAAGCAAUAUGAGUGUGGCAAAAUGGAAAGACAAAGGAUAUCCAAUUUGUACAGUACUAUUCCAAGUGAUCAAUGUCAAAACACAAUUUUGAAUUAGAAAGUGGGCUGUAACUAAUUGACAAGAGAUUUUUGAGACUUGUCAUUUCACUAAUAGGCAGAAGUAGAUACAACAGCAUUCCACUGCCAGCACUUCUUAAAUCCUGUUCUGCAGAAUGCGACUGUCAUUUUCUGGAGAAAUAUGGGGAAAGUCCAGACCUGGUUUUCAUGCAUGUACUAUUCAUUUGCAGUUUCAGACCUUUUUUUUGUUUUUGUUAAACCUCUGGUUCCUUGAAACGUGUUUUAAUACUGCUGAAUCACUGACAACAUGCACUGCUUCUAAAAACAGAACAUUCUGCAGCACCAUGGGCUUUUAAAUGAGGAGAUAUUGCUUCUCUCAGCUCAGCUAGUGGACUGCAGAGUGAAAAGAUGCAGGGCUGACAGUGCGUGCUUUAAAGAAGGUGCACGCUUGCCUGCGAUCUCCUGAACUGACAGAUGACGUUACAGUGUUGGAACCGGCCUAUCCACUUGAAUGAACAUUCAAAACGGGGAGAAAAAAUUUGGUUUGGGGGAAGGUACAGUGGCCCCAAAAAGUAUUUGGACACUUAAGCCACGCUUAAAAAUGUAUGGAUUUCAUUGAAUUAAAUAACAAAUUUUUAAACCAAGUAGCAUUUAUGUUAAAGACCGAUACCUAAAGCACACUUUUCAAGCAAAACAUUUCACAAAAAGAUGUUUGUUAGGUUUUAAAUUAUAAAACAAUAGACAUACUGUUCCAAAUUAAGACAAAAAAGUAUUUGGACACUCAAACCCAUACUGAUUGUGAAACUUAGUGGAACAUGUCCAUGGUUAAUUUGAUGAUGAACUACACUUGUGGUUGGAGCACCUGUGUGAAAUUAAGGAUAAUUGACUCAUCUACCCACUAUAAAUGAUCUUGGAGCAGUUGUUUAGAAGUAAUGCAAAAAUGGCUAAGAAAAGUGAAGUUCUGAGAAAAGGUCUAGAGUCAUGUGUUGGCACAAAGAAGGCAACUCUAUUCGACAGAUCAGCAAAAAACUUAAUCUCCCAUCUUCCACAGUUGGAUAUAUUGUAAAAAAAAUUCAAAGAUGAAGGACUUGUGAAUGAGAACAGAAAGCGCAGAGGCAGACCCAGAAAGACCACCAUCAAAUUGGACAGGAUAAUUGUAGAUAGCAUCAAGAAAAACAGGCGAGAAACAGCAGCAAGGAUUGCCUCAGACAUCAACAAGAAUUACCAGAUACAACUCAGUUCACAGACUAUUCGAAACAGGAUCAAUGAGCAUGGGUACAGAGGGAGAGUAAUGCGGCGAAAACCAUUCAUUAGCCUAAAGAAUAGGAAAGCCAGGGUAAAAUUCACAAAAAAACAUACGCACAAAGACGGCAGCUUUUGGAGAACUGUCUUAUUUUCUGAUGAGUCCAAAUGUAACCUCCAUGGAUCUGAUGGCAGAGCAUUUGUGUGGAGAAAGCCAGGAGAAGUAUUCCAACCCGACUGCACUUAAGGUACUGUAAAGCAUGGAGGUGGAAAUGUGAAAGUCUGGGGCUGUUUUUCUUACAGUGGUGUUGGCGAGCUUGUGUGCAUUGAUGGAAUCAUGAACUCUGAAGUAUACAGAUGCAUUUCGGAUGCAAACUUACAGAAAUCAGCAAAGAAAUUAUUCAAACGACAGAAGUGGAUCUUUCAGCAGGAUAACGAUCCAAAACAUACCAGCCGCCUGUUGAAAGAAUACUUUGCCAAAAAGAAAAUUUCAGUCUUAGAAUGGCCGUCCCAGAGCCCUGACCUAAACCCUAUAGAGCAUCUAUGGGAUGCAAUGGAGAAGAAAAUGUCAGGCUGUUGAUGCACUCCUGUGGAUGAAUUGAAAGCUUUGCUGGCUGAAACGUGGAGGAAACUUUCACUACAGCUGUUCAUGAAACUAACUGAUUCCAUGCCCAGACGUUGUCAAGAAGUUUUGCAAAGUAAAGGGUGGCAAACUAAACACUUAAACUGUGAUAUUUAUUGAAGGCAUUAUUGAGUGUCCAAAUACAUUUUUUGUCUUCAUUUUCAACAGUAUAUCGAUUGUUUUAUUGGUUUGCUUGAAAAGUGUGCUUAAGGCAUCUAUCUUUAACAUAAAUGUUAUUUGGUUUGACAUUUUAUGUCAUUCAAUAAAAUUCAUACAUUUUUAAGCAUGGCUUCAAUGUCCAAAUACUUUUUGGGGCCACUGUACAUCGAGGUUUGCAUACACCCUUGAUGUGUACCCUGGAUGAAUCCUGGAGUAGCCAUUUCCUCCAGAUGUUUCCUGCCUAAGAAUCGAUCAUACAUCAUCCAGAUACACAUGGACAAUGUAGGUCAGGAAGCCCUUGCUUUCUUUGUGUGAUUUUAAAUGGACAUUUUCAUUAUCAUUAGUGAAGUGAAUAGAACCAGAAUAUCCAGUGGGGAUCCUCAGUCUCUGCCAAGCAGAAAGGCUGAUGGAAACCCUUGGCUAAGCGAGGGAGGAAUCCUUCAGUCAGAUCUAAACUUGAGAUGCUCCUAUUUACAAAGGAAAAUAUACAUUACAAAAAUACCGGCCAAACAAAAUACAGAAUUUGGUCAUUUCCACAGGAUGGAAAUGAUUUUGGAUCGCAAUAUGGAACAUAAACAUUUAUUUGCCGUUUGAAACUAUUGCUGUGGGAACAUAUGGGUAACCCUUGGGUCUGUUAGUAAAAGUGCUCACCCCCAGAGCACGCUAAACACUAUAGCCUGUAUAUCUCUGCCAAGCCAUUAUUAACUGGGUAUGACAGGUAAUCCAUGACUCCAGGACGCAAUGGGCUUUUCCCACCAUGGGAAGAGUGGAUUUAAAUCAGCCUGGGUCAUUAAGUUAACAUUGAGUAAGUGCUACUUACCUACUCAUUAGACACCAACGGGUUCCUGGUUGUCAUCGGUAUGUGAUCCGCUUCUCUUCCUAUGGGUGCUAGCUGUCCUGUAACACAGUGUCGCUUAUAGCAUAGCACAGCACUUGGUUUGUGGGCACGUUAUCGGCUGUCUGCGAAACCUGUGACGAAGCACUGACAGGUAGAGUAAAUCUGGCCAUUCCAGAAAAUGGGGAGAAUGAGGAGGAGGGGGGCGUGGGGAACAGGAAACACAAAUUAUCAAAAGAGCAGAUUAAUUGUUUGUGGCAAAGUUGAAGUAAUCAUUUAACAAUAUGUUCAGUUCAACACUUGAAAACCUGGACAGAAGCAUACAAAAGCACAUUGUACUGCCUAUUAACUGAUUUUGAAUGUAAUUAUUUGAAUUAGUUGAAAUUGUGUUGAAAUACCUAAAAAUGUUGUUUUGAAAAAUGUGGUAUGAAUAAUAUUUAAUUCUCUAAAAAUGUUUGUAGUAGUGACAGAUGUUUUAUUAUAUAAUUCAAACUUAAUAUCAUGGACCGAGUAUUUCCUUUAUUGUGUAACUUCGUCAUGUUUUGCUUGUAAAAUAUGUCUACAUUGCAUUAGAGCUUUUUAUUUUCCAUUGAUAUUUUUUGAGGACAGGACAUGUCAUUGUACUUUUUAUUUUUCUCCCCAUUUAAAAUUUUUACCCAAUAAAAAAAUAAGUCAGA